AUGGCCAAGUUCAAUCUAUCAUUUUGCACCAGAUCGGAACAGCAUGGCCCGUCUCUUUUCGACAUUCUAUCCGUUGGGCAAGUUCUUCGCCGCAGUGAUGCCCCAGCCUUCUCCACUUAUCACUCAGCCCUCAUUCAUAUUCUGCUACAGCAGAAUAUGACCGUGCCAUGGUUGACUGCCUCUCAACGGCCACCGACCAACCUGCAGGCUGGAUGCCUUGUCAGACAUGUGCCCCAACCUCCCGGUUGCCUCGGGCCUGCCUCCCCCCAGAGGCUCUCAAAGCCCUGUGCUCGUCGUCUCCACAAGCCUGGUCUGUGUCUAAACCACAUUUGGGCGGAGGCAGUUAUUGACGCAGCCAACUGGGCCUGCGAGGGGCGAACAACUGUCACUGUUCAUCUUCGUUUAGCCAGGCCACAAUUGGGAGUCUGUCCCCUGGACACCGAUUAG